UAGUAACCUAAUUGAAACCGAAACAAGAGGAAAUAAGCAUCUCCAAAAAUUUCCCCUCUACCGAAACCUAUAAAUACUUAAAAAUCAAAAACAUUGCCGCCAUUUCUCUCAAUUGUUCCCAAUGCCACAGCACCACACUCUACUCAAAACCCUCGCUAAAACCCCCUUUCGUUCCUUCUCUACCUCAUCUCUCACCCCCAAAAAAUGCUCCCCCAAUUCAUUACUCAACGCCAAACAGACCCACCAACAACACAUUGUCAGAGGCCUCAUAAGCACAGACCCCAUCACCAUCAUCUCCAUGUACACAGCCUCCGAAUCACAUUGUGACGCGGUUAGAGUUCUCGAAAGAAUCGAGCCGUCUUCGUCUGCUGUGUAUUGGUGGAAUGAGGUGAUUAAAAUGCGGCUGCCCUUUUCGCCGAAAGAGUCGGUGGAGAUGUUUGUGAGGAUGGUGAGGUGUGGGUGGAGGCCUGAUGGGUACACGUUUCCGUUUGUGCUUAAGGCUUGUGGGGAGAUUAGGGGGAGUGCUGAGUUGGUGGGGUUUUGUGUUCAUGGGGUUGUGGUUAAGUAUGGGCUUGUGGAGUGUAAUGUGUUUGUUUGUAAUGCACUUGUGAAGAUGUAUUUUAUGAGUGGGGUUUUGAGGGAUGCGCGUAGGGUGUUUGAUGAAAUGUGUGAGAGAGGGGUGGAGGAUGUGGUAUCGUGGAAUUCGAUUGUGGCUGUGUAUGUUCAGAGUGGGGAUGUGAGGAGUGCAUUGGGGUUGUUUGGUAGGAUGGGGAAAAGGGGGGAGUUUGGGGUAAGGGCUGAUGCGGUUAGUCUUGUUAAUAUUCUUCCGGCUUGUGGGGUUGGGAAAUCGUGGAGGAGAGGGAAGCAGGUUCAUGGGUAUGCAGUUCGGAGUGGGCUUUUUGAGGAUGUGUUUGUGGGGAAUGCUGUUGUGGAUAUGUAUGCCAAGUGUGAGUUGAUGGAUGAGGCGAGUAAGGUAUUUGAAAGGAUGAAGAUUAAGGAUGUUGUUUCUUGGAAUAUUAUGGUUACCGGGUAUUCUCAGAUCGGGAGGUUUGAAGAUGCUUUGAGCUUGUUUGAGCGGAUGAAAAUGGCGAAGAUUGAAUUGAACGUGGUUACAUGGAGUGCUGUAAUUGGUGCUUAUGCACAGAGGGCGCUUGGUUACGAAGCUCUUGAUGUGUUCAGGCAAAUGCAGCUUGCUGGAUCAAAACCAAAUGUUAUUACCCUUUUCUCUCUUUUGUCAGGUUGUGCAUCAGUGGGAGCUUUACUUCAAGGGAAAGAAAUUCAUUGCUACGCUGUGAAAGAAGUUUUAAAUGUAUCUGUGAAUGAUCCCCGGGAUAAUAUGAUGGUGAUAAGUGGUAUUAUCGAUAUGUAUGCCAAGUGCAAAAGUGCUGAUACUGCUCGUGCAAUAUUUGAUUCCAUAGCCCUAGAGGAAAGAGAUGUUGUCACAUGGACUGUCAUAAUUGGUGGAUAUGCACAGCAUGGGGAAGCGAACGAUGCUUUACAACUUUUUGGUGAAAUGCUAACAAAUUAUAAAUAUGUAAUGCCAAAUGAAUUUACUAUAUCUUGUGCCCUGAUGGCUUGUGCUCGUUUGGCUGCUCUGAGAUUUGGUAGACAAAUCCAUGCUUAUGGAAUUCGUAAUCAUUUUGGAUCAUCAACUUUCGUUGCCAACUGUCUUAUUGACAUGUAUGUUAAAUCUGGGGAUGUUGAUACCGCUAGAAUUAUCUUUGAUAAUAUGGACAACAAAAACUCUGUCUCUUGGACAUCUCUAAUGACAGGAUACGGCAUGCAUGGUCGUGGUGAGGAAGCUAUUAAGGUUUUUGAAGGCAUGAGGAGGGCAGGCAUGCCAAUUGAUGGUGUAACUUUUGUCGUCGUGCUUUAUGCUUGUAGCCACUCAGGGAUGGUUGACCAGGGAAUGGAAUAUUUCAAUGGGAUGAAUACGGAAUAUGGUGUUGUACCCGAGGUUGAACAUUAUGCUUGUAUGGUUGACCUGUUGGGUCGCGCUGGUCGCUUGAAUGAAGCACUGAAAUUCAUCAAAGAAAUGCCCAUGGAUCCCAGCCCAAUUGUGUGGGUGGCUUUGCUUAGCGCAUGCAGGCUUCAUACAAAUGUGGAACUUGGGGAAUUUGCUGCUGGUGAAUUGUUAAAUUUGGAGGCAGAAAAUGAUGGAUCUUAUACUCUUCUGUCAAACAUAUAUGCAAAUGCCAGGCGUUGGAAAGAUGUCGCUAGGAUAAGAUCUUUGAUGAAAUAUUCAGGGAUCAGGAAAAGACCUGGCUGCAGUUGGGUCCAGGGAAAGAAGGGUACAACUACCUUUUAUGUGGGUGACAAAACUCAUCCAAGGUCUGGUGAGAUAUAUGAUCUGCUGGCAGAUCUAAUCCAUCGAAUUACAGCUCUUGGUUACGUUCCAGAUACUAGAUUUGCACUUCACGAUGUAGAUGAUGAGGAGAAAGGUGAUCUUCUUUUUGAACACAGCGAGAAGUUGGCUCUUGCGUACGGGAUCCUUACAUCAGCUCCAGGGAUGCCCAUUAGGAUCACAAAGAAUUUGCGGGUGUGUGGCGAUUGCCAUACUGCCAUCACUUACAUUUCUAAGAUAAUUGAUCACGAAGUUAUUAUUCGGGAUUCAAGUCGCUUCCAUCAUUUUAAGAAUGGGUGUUGCUCCUGCAAAGGUUAUUGGUAAAGAAGGAUUCAAGCAUAGAAACAGUGGAUGAUUACAAUUAUACACACUCCGAAGAGCUAAAGUUUUUAGUUCAAGUAGUAUUGAAGAACUAGAGGCCUUUACAGUCUCUUCUUCUGCAAUACUCAGAUGGUCAUGAACCUAUAUGGAUGAGACUAAGCUUCGCAGGGAGGAUCUAAGAUCGUUCAAUAGGGCAAAGCCCUGAGGCCUGAAUCCCAAGGAAGCUGGAAAUUUUCGAGUUUUGACAAAAGUACAUCUAAGUAGGGGUGUUGGUUGCUAUUACUGAGAAGGCUAGGAGUUACUGAAUUUUUUGAAGUAAUAUAUGGUUGGGCAUUUUUACCUUAUAUGAGAAGUGUGAACUAAUUUCUCUUCAAGAAUUUGGAUUGUCAUUGGGAAAAUAGGAAAUUUGCAGAAUAAAUUUCUGGUCAACAAGAUAAAGUGAAGCUUUGAGGUGCACAAUGUAUGGCAGAAGUGCAUGAUUAAUUUUUAGGAGAUGGAUCAUCAGGACUAGUGCUUGCCUCUGCAGAAAAGGCUACUGGAAGCUUGUUACUGAUUUUAUUUGGAGGUAAGUUAUGUAAUUAUGUCAUGAAACACGUCUCUGAAAAGUCGGUGUUCUGCAAAAACAAGGCCCGUAAAAUUAGCAUCUUCUUAGAUAGGUAAAGUCAGCUUGCAAUUUUAGAAUAUAAUAAAGGAAAGGUAAGAUCAGAAAGUUGUCCUCUUGAUUAGCUAAUAGAAAGAAAGGUCAAGACAUUUGAAAGUUAA